CUCAUUUCUCUCUUUGUUGCUCUUAUUCUCUCUCAAUCAGAAGAGAGAGAGUUUAAGAGACAAGAAAAAACAUUAAAAAAAGAAGAGGAGGAGAUAUAUAACAUCAAUUUUUUCCAUCAUCAAACAUGGGAGCUUGUGCCAGUGUUCCUAAGGGCCUGAGAACCGACGUGGGCGGUGCAGCACCAGUCCCUGAGCCAGCCAAGGAGGAGCAGCAGGUUCCUGCUGUGGAGACCAAGGAGGAGGUUAAGGUUGAGCAAGAAGAAAAGAAGGCUGAAGAAGUUGCACCUCAUGAGGAAAAAACUGAUGAGGAUGACAAGAAGUCUCUUGGAUCCUUGCCUAAUGAGAAAGAAGAAGAAAAGAAGGAAGAAGCCACAGAGGAAAAGAAGGUGACAGAAGAGGUUAAAGCAGAGCCAGCAAAAGAAGAAGAAAAACCAGAGGAAAAGAAAGAGGAGCCAAAGGCUGAGGAGGCAUCUGCCGCUGCUGAACCACCAAAAACCGAAGAAGUGAAGAAGCCCGAAGAGAAGAAGGACGAAGAGAAAAUUGAAGAGAAGAAAGAAGACAAGUGAGAAUCUGGAAAGAAAAUUUCAGCUAAUUCUCUGAAAAAUGGGUCUGAUUAAUUCUUGGAUGUUGUCACUUAAUUACUUCAUGUUGAACUAAUUAAUGUUUUUUCUUUCUCUUCAAAAAAAAUUAUUCUUGUUUUUUUCCAAAAGGCUUAUUUGAUAAAUUGUUUGGCAUAUGAAUUUGUCCCUAAUAAAUGCUUAUAUAA